UCAUAAUACAUAUUUUUAAUUGAAAAUUUUUGCCAUUAUCUAUAAUUUAAAACUUGACGUGGUUUGAGUAGUUUUAAGUUGAUUCUAUAAGAUGUUUUUAUUAAAUAUUUUCGGAAUUCUAUGGUUAUCCCAUAAUAUUAUACUUAUUACAGCAAUACCUAAAAAUAAUUGGUUCUCGAAGCUUUUUUCAUCUAACUCAUAUUCAAGGCUUCCAUCCGAAUUAUCAAUACCAUUUAACAACGAAGACUCAACAUUUCAAUACCAUGAUCAAAAUGCUUUAGAUAGCACAAAUUCACCAUCGAAUAAUUUGGUGGCAUAUGUAACACGUUUGUAUGUAGAAAAAGAUACAUGGCUUUCGUCUAUUAAGUAUAUUAUUGCUGAUCACCGUUUUCAACCAGUUAAUUCAGAGUGGCGAGAACAUAUAAGUAAGAAAUUAGGAUUUCAAACAGGACAACCAUACAACGUCCAACAAUCAAAUAAAAUGUUAAAAUCUCCGAAAUACAAUAAAGAAAUAGAAGUUACUAAGGAUAUAAACGAUUUUUUUAGAAUUAUAUCUCUUUUAUUUAGUGGGACACAAGAAAAUUACGAAAUUUUACGUAAUAAAGUUUUUGAAUCUAUACUUCACAGCUAUUAUAUUGUUAAACUCCUAGGAGAUGAAUUCCACGUAAAUGAAUUUUUCAGAUUGUGUAGUAGAAAAACUGAUACAGUCAAAAUGUUAGUUACAAGUUUUGUUAUUGAAACAUGCAUUUAUAUAUAUGUAAAAGUAUGGGAGCUAUGGUUAUACUUACCAAAAGAAUUUCAUAAAGAAAAUUUUUCUGAAAUAAAUCAAGAAAAAUGUAUUUAUUUAUAUGAUGAAGGAACACAAUAUUUUAUAGUUGAAGAUGUAACUGAUUAAUGGAGAACUGUUGAUAUUGCUUUAUAACUUCUUAUGAGAAUGCUUUAUAAAUAUAUACAAAAUGAAUCGUUUAUCAUAAAUAACUUAUUUACUUUUAAAAUAAAAACAAUGUCAACUAUAAAUAU